AUGUGGAAGUUCCGGUCAGUCUUUGGGCUGUUCUGUUUUGUCCUGCUUUGCUCGUCGACAACUUUAACCGGUGGUCGGAGUUCUAAGAGAAGGUGGCAGACGCUUCACGGUUCUGCUCCCCUUGUCAUAGCCAAUGGUGGAUUUUCCGGUAUAUUUGCCGACUCCAGUAGUGUCGCUUAUUCACUUGCGGUCCAAUCCGGUUUGCCGAAUCUACUCGUUUCGUGCGAUUUGAUGCUCACGAAAGACGAUCAUGGAAUUUGCUUCCCCAAUAUCAUGCUACAAAACUCGUCAGACAUCGAUUUCGUGUAUCCUAACAGGAGCAGCUCUUACAUUGUCAAUGGCGUCCAGACGAAAGGAUUCUUUUCCGUCGAUUUUAACUAUGAGGAACUUGGCAGUGUGUCUUUGACACAAGGGAUUUAUUCUCGGCCGCCAAAUUUUGAUUACUGUGGACUGCAAAUUACGACUCCUGAUGAGUUCAUAGAUCUAUCGCCAUCGCAACCAUCCGGAGUAUGGUUGAAUAUACCGUAUGACAAAUUUUUCACCCAGCAUGGUUUGAACAUGAGUAAAUAUGUUGUGGAUCUACUCAAAACAUCAGCUGGGGUUGGUAUUAAGUAUGUUUCAUCACCGGAGGUGGACUUCCUGACACGUCUCAGAAAAGGAGUGGGAAGGAGAAAGCUCGUUUUCCAGCUUUUGGGUCCCAAUGAAACGGAGCCCACGACCAACCGGACGUACGCCUCGUUUUUGAGCAAUCUGGAGGAGAUUAGAGAGUUUGCUGAUGGGAUUGUUGUUCAGAAAAGUUAUGUGUGGGCAGUGGACAAAGAGCAGUAUUUAAUGAACUAUACCUCACUCGUGUCGGAUGCUCAUCGUGCGGGUUUGGAGGUUUUUGCGUCUGGUUUUGCAAAUGAUGCACAAUUACCGUAUAACUACAGCUACGACCCUGUUUCGGAGUACCUAUCGUUUAUUGAUAAUGGUGUGUUUUGUGUUGAUGGUGUGCUUUCUGACUUCCCGCUUACCCCAUCUGCAACCAUAGCAAAUCCUUGUUUGCCUUUGUCAGCAAACUUUACGAUUAUUGCAAACGAGGGAGCAAAUGGAGACUAUCCCGGUUGUACGGAUGUAGCAUAUGAAAAAGCUGUAUCUGACGGUGCAAAUAUACUGCGCUGCCCUGUUCAAAUCACGAACGAUGGAGUGCCUAUUUGCUUGGGAUCCAUCAACCUCUUCAACGGAACAAAUGUUGUUCAAUCUCCUUACUUGAACCGAGCAGCUGAUAAUCAUGAGCUGGGCAUAAAGGGAGGACUUUUCGUCUAUAAUUUCACAUGGACCGAAAUUAAAACCUUGAGACCUCAAAUUUCGAGUCCGUAUAAAGAUGGGUUUGGCCUAUUCCGGAAUCCAAGAGCAAUAAAUGAUGGGAAGUUGAUGCAGCUAUCCGAUUUCCUGGCAUUCGCAAACAGUCAAUCGUCUGUGUCCGGGGUCAUGAUCAGCAUCGAGAACGCAGCAUACCUAGCGGAGAAGCAGGGCUUAAGCGUGACUGAUGCAGUGAAUGACGCCCUGAAGGGGACCACCUCAAAGAGGGUCCUUAUUGAGUCGAGCGACAGCUCAGUCCUGAUGAAAAUGAGCCGUGAAAGGUACGAGAUGGUGUACGUUGUGGACGAGGAUGUGAGUGACGUGGCAGAGUCGACCAUCUCGGAGAUACGCGGGUUUGCUGGGUCGGUAAUCGUGUCCAAGAGAUCGGUGUACCCGACUGACGCGUUUUUUGUGAUUGGGGAGACGGACUUGGUGGAGAGGCUGCAGAAGUCGAACCUCACAGUUUACGUGCGCCUCUUCCGUAACGAAUUCCUGGCCCAACCCUGGGACUUCUUAUCCGACCCUUACUUUGAGAUCAACAGCUAUGUUUCCAAAGGGAUCAACGGUCUCAUCACCGACUUCCCAGCCACCCCCAACAAAUACGCAAGGAAUCGGUGUUUAAAGUACAGCGCCAGCGACAGGCCAUUGUACAUGCAAUCAGUACAAGUGGGUGGUCUUAUGCAACUGAUGACAACACAAAGCCGUCCACCAGCCGAGGCUCCAAUCCCUGUCCUCACGGAUGAUAAUGUGACCGAGCCUCCUCUGCCGUCAGUGGUCGUGAGGCGGCCCACCCCUCCUCCGCUGCCUCCUCCUGCCAUGGCUCCCACUCCCUCCCAACACAGUGGACAACCGACACUUGUCACCAACACGGCCCUCGCCGCUGUGCUUAUGCUUGCCGCCUCCGUGUGGUGA